GCUGUGGAGAAGAAGCAGGAUAAGAACAACAGACAAGAUGAUCGUGUUCUUUGCAAACAUUUUCGCGCUCUGGUGUUUGUGUGCGGCACAGUCAAAUGAAGUCUCUCAGCCUGUUUCUUUACAAACACUGAAGCUUGGAGAAUCAGCGACUAUCCAGUGUUACAUAAAAAGCCUGGUGACAACGAGAGUGUGGUACAAACUGACUACAGGGAGGAAACUGCAGCUUGUGGCUUCAUUUGAUUCUUACUAUAAUCAGAAUGUAGUUGCUGACGAAUUUAAACACCGGUUUUCAACAGUAUUUGACAGCAUCAACACGCAUCUCAGCAUCACUACAGCAUCAUGGGACGAUGUCGGGACAUACUUCUGUGGAGUGAUGCGUUUAAAUAAUGUUCACUUUGGAUCAGGAACUUUCUUGAUGCUGAAAGGUGCAAAGAUGAUCAGCGACUCUGUCGUCCAGCGGCCAAAGUCUUAUUCGGUCCAGUCAAGACGCUCUGCAACUCUCAGCUGUUCUGUUCAUUCUGGUCAAUGCGCCGCAGAACACAUCAGUGUCAUGUGGCUGAAAAACUCUGAUCACUCUGCUCCUGAAAUGAUUCACUCCUCUGGAAAUCAGAACGACACCUGCCAGACUGUCUCUGGAGAAACAACCUGCGUGUACAACCUUCUCAUGAGGAACGUCAGCCCCGAUGAUGCUGGAAUUUACCACUGUGUCGUGACCCUAUGUGGACAAAUACUGUUUGGAAAUGGAACCGCGAUUAUUAACCCUGACUCGAGAAAACCACUUGAACUGAGUCCAACCGUUAUUGCGCUGAUGCUGUCAAACAUCACUCUUGGGAUUGUUGCCCUCAUUCUGGUUUGGACACUUUGUAAAACACGUAGGAAAAAUUCUGCAGAUGCUGGGUCAUCUGGAGGAAAUCAGGCGAGUGACGCCGUUAUCUAUACAUCUGUGACUUCGACUCACAGAAACCUCGCCCCCAGAAAAUCGACAGUGAAAGACAACGGAGACUCUGUGGUUUAUUCCAACGUCAGAUUCAGUGAAGACAACGGGGGAGUUUGGUCUCGAGAAUGUGGACAAACCAGGGAGAAUUUGGACUGA